AGAAACCAUGAGGGCUCUCUCAGCAAACUUGUUCGCUGUGCUCUUAAUGUGUGCCCUUGCAAGUGUUUUCUACGUGUGGAGCGCGCUGGAGAACCGCUUGGAGCGACACAAACGGGGCUUCUCGGUGCCAGACGGGGGGUCCUUUCAUCAAGGUCCUUCAGAGGACCUUUCUGCCAAAACUUUCCGAGCGCUGCUUGCUGUUCCAGCUGCACAAAGACAGAACUCGGCGGGUAGAUCGAAGGCUCAAAACCGCACCAAUCCAUCUGCCUUUGUGGGAAGUCGAGAUUAUCAUGUGAAUGGGGAUGACGAGAGGUCAGCGCAACGGGAGGGUCCGGUCAAGUUAGGCUACCCAGUGGAUGAUGGGAUAUUCUGGAGCAACUGGCUGGAAGACCUCCUCCCUGUGAGAUUCACGGAGGGAUACGCCGAGGCGUGGAGGAGCAAGGCAAGGACAUCACCGGUGGUGAAGCUGGAGCCUGGAUGCGGCAGGAUAUCCAAUCAGCUGGCCACGUUUGCAGACGGGACUAAAGCGUGUGUGCGCUACGGGAUCAACGCGGACCAGGUGCAGGGGGAAACUCUGACAUACUACCUAGCCAGUCUGCUGGGCAUCACAAACCUGCCUCCGCUCGUACUGUCGCAGCUGAACGGCGACAGUGCGCAAUGGGUGGCCGUGAGGACGCGGGUGAAUAAUUUGCAGUGGAGCGAUCGGGCUGUUGUCUCUCUCACGGAGUGGAUUUCCAACCUGACCGGCGUGGUCACACCUGCGCCCCUCAGACAGGAGAGCGGCGGGCUGCUUCCCGCCCUCGGSUGCUUCGAGAACAAAACUACGGCAGAGCUGCUGGAGCUGAUGCAGUGGAGCGACCUGAUCGUGUUCGACUACCUGACUGCGAACUUCGACAGGCUCGUCAGCAAUCUGUUCAGCCUGCAGUGGGACCCCCACGUGAUGGAGAGGGACACCAACAACCUGCUGAAAACGCCCCACGGGGACCUGGUGUUCAUAGACAACGAGGCCGGACUCGUGCACGGCUUUCGGGUGUUGAACAUGUGGGAGAAAUAUCACCAUUCAGUCCUGAGCUCCGUGUGCGUGUUCAGGAGAAGGACUAUGCAGCGCGUGGCGGAGCUGCACAGGCGCAGAGACUCCAGGCAGCGGCUGCUGGAGCUCUACAGAGACAGCGAGCCUUUGUCUCAGGAACUGGGGUUUCUCUCAGACGCGCACGCUGCUGUUCUCCAAGACAGGAUAGAUCAAUUGUACAAACACAUCAUGCAAUGCAAAGAAAAGUACAAUCAGCUGUGAGCUCUCAGGGCGCGCAGGAGAUAGAUUGGCACGGCAAGCCGUUAAUGACAAACAGUGGUGCUCAGGACGCAACACAAUGUGAAAGCCCUACCAGAAAACCGUAUUUGGCUUGUGUGGUAUGUUAAUGCUAAUAAUAAURAAAGUUUACAAAGGCCAGCUGAUGUCAAGCACCCGUUCAACAUCAUCUAUAUCGAUGAAAGUUGGUGUCAGUUGUGGUACUUAUGUCCUACUAUMAUUUUCAACUGUGUUGCUYUUGUUUUAAAGAAAAAAUAACUUUUAUUAAUAUAUGUAUAACAGAAGCAACUGUUUCAACGAAGGUGUAAGUGGUGGGAACAAAAUGCCAUUUAAUGGCCAGAUGGCAUGCUGGAAUGUUUUUAGUCCUCAUGAACAGUUAUUUACUACACAACUGCGUGACAUAAAAAAAAAUGUUAUUGACCAGAUAGACCGCUUUGUUUUCAUCGGUUGUUAAUUUGGCAGUUUUUCAAAAUGGCACUCAGUGACUGGAUAAAACAUGUAAAAUAUGGGGUUCUGGUGGGGAUUUUACAGUGUUCUGAUACUAAAUGUUUUUUUGUUUUUUACCAGACAGUACACCGGUGUUUGGCACUAAUGGAAUGCCAUACUUGGUUUGCACGGAAUGACGAGCUUUGCAAAACCGAUGYCUGUUACACAAAGCUGAUUUGAAUAUCCAACUGAACUACCUCUUGUGAAUAGAAUGUGUUGCCUACAUUAAAUAUAAGUCGAGUGUGAAAAAUGCUCAAAAGCUUCCCGCUGAGAUGUAUGCCCCUCUGAAGUGGAGAUAGUGUGGCCAAUUUAAGUUAUUUAUUUUUCUUAAUUCGCUGAACAUUUGCUAACCUGAAUAUGAACAAAUGUAAAGARUAUCUGCUGUAGACCUGUUUGUGAUUAGGGUACCAUAAUAAAGUCCUUAAAGUCCUUUUUACAGUGAGGUUAAAAACUUAUUAGUAGUUAAUAUCUUAKAUGUGUCGGAUAACUUUCAUAGUGUCUUUACUUUGCAAAAAUAAGAAGUGGUUUUCUCUGUAAACUGAAGCUAAUAGCUACUCAGAGAGGGACCAAGAUCAAAGUGGGCUCCUACCCUUUUAAAAAYAGAGUCCACUCUCAAAGUGYCACUGUAGUUUAUGCAAAUUGCUUUUGAGGAACAUUUAAGCUGUCAUCAUGUCUGUAUGGGGACGUURUUAAGAUGAAAGCUGUUGAUUUCUUUCAGUGUAAGAAAUCAGGAAAUCCUGGAGCGUCCUGGCUCCAGGAGGUUGUGCACUUCAGAACAUCUUCCAUGUGAAAUGCAUGCUAAGAACACAACAUGUUACUCCUUUUCUAGUUAUUUUAGCAUUUUAAUAGUUUUAAGAUGUUAGAAGCCCACUUCUGCUUGACCUUUCUGACUUUUUUUUUAUAUAAAAAUUAAGACACUAUAAGAGUUUCCUUUUUUUUUUUAACUUACGAUAUUAACUACUCAUAAGCUUUUUUGCAGAACAUCAGUUAAAAGAAUCAGAACUAUCCUUAUGUUGUGUUUGAAUUUUUGCCUUGUGUUUAAAUAUCCAAGUGACAUAUGCCUACUCCAAAGCCUUAACCUAUGUUGAUUCUUCUCCAGUAUUGUAUUUCUGUUGACAUGAGUUCGCUUUUUAUAGACAGUAAUUUGCACACAUUGUAAUAGAUAGCACCUGCACUCGUGUCAAUGUGUUAAUAUUCAGCCUUAAAAGUCACAGGUGUGUCAUAUCUAUUGUGCAUUUGCUGUUUAUGUUGUAAAUAUUGUCUGGCAACAAGUUUUGAUGCUGAAUUGACUUAAUGUGCAUUGUGACAUUCCAAAAUUGUGUCCCUUUUUUGAAAAAAGAAAUACAAAAGACGUAUUUUACAACGUGUGUUUUGUACAUAAGAAUAUACCCAAAGGCAUUAAAAUCACUGUUGGUGUAGUAUAUCUACGUAGAGUCUGGUGGGUGGAGAGUUAGAGUAAAAGUCUAUUUAGUCUUUGUAUUUUGAAGGUACAAUUUUUCACAAAAGCUUGACUGUUAGCCACAUGCUUGCAACAACACAAAUCUCUUUAAUCCCCCCUUUUUAAAUCUCAAAUAGAGUGAUGAGCUAAAGUAGACUGACUCUUUGGGACACAUUUGAAAAAGGGUUUUAGUGUUCCCUAACUAUAACCUCUCUUUUUUGAAAGAAAAAUAAAAAUUGCUAAGCUUUGGUCAAAGAUUAUAAAUUGUUACCGAACCAGAUCAAUAAUAGUUUGUGUUUCAGAUUCAAUCUAUUGACCUAAAAGGGAAGCACGCUCAGAGUGGAUCGGAUAAGCAAAACACUUUACAAUUAAUGGGAGCAGAGCGUUUGUAUUUUUUCGCAGCACGAUUUCUGAAUUUUAAAUGUAUUUCCUGAGUGAAUGACUUCACCACUUCACUUUCCAUCAUUUUAUAGGCCCUGUUCUGUGUCUAAUUUCUGUUUUGUUAAGCACAUCCAUAGAAUUUUGAAGGCUUCAUUUUUCACUAUUUCGCUGUCAUCCGAAUAGUUAUUUCGCUGUUACUUUCCAUGCUAGAUCAAACGACGCAGCACUAACUGUUUCUGCAAUAUCAAAUUAGUUCAUCUCUUUCAAAUUGUGGGUAUUUUUGGUACUCGCAGCCCUUGUGUCAGUGAUUUGUGGUUAUUUCACAACAGAASUGUAGGCAGGUGCAACUGGACUAGUUUUUUUUUUUUCUCUAUUAUUUUCCAGACUGCGCCUCAUCUGUGAAACGGACUCGAGGAUCAAUAUGUGCACUGACUGUAGUAUGGGCGAAAGCAGGUCAUGUUAAUGAGCUGGGUGAGGGGUUAUAUGUGAAUAUUUGUGUCUCGGCAGGGAUUUCGCAAAGACUGCACUUGCAGCUGGGUUUGGUGCUGUAAGCAUGUCUGUUUAUGCUCUACAGAGAUUUUGCAGCAAGCUGCACACACUAGGGAUUAAAAACAAAGCCAAACAGAGGUCUGCACGUCUGAAGCGCACUUCCAAUCAAUCCCCUUCUGUGUCGUAUUCUCUUUCUCAGUAUUUGUAUCUACAUCACAACCAUUUCUCCAGUGCAUCUGUAUUCUUUUAAAAACAUUAUUGUCAGCUUCAUUUGUGAAUAAAAGAGAGAAUGAAAGUUU